GCCAAAAUGGUUCCAACAUAGAGCCAUAAUGGUUCCAACAUAGAGCCAAAAUGGUUCUAACAUAGAGCCACAAUGGUUCUAACAUAGAGUCAUAAUGGUUCCAACAUAGAGCCAUAAUGGUUCCAACAUAGAGCCAAAAUGGUUCCAACAUAGAGCCAAAAUGGUUCCAACAUAGAGCCAUAAUGGUUCCAACAUAGAGCCAAAAUGGUUCUAACAUAGAGCCAAAAUGGUUCUAACAUAGAGCCAUAAUGUUUCUAACAUAGAGCCAUAAUGGUUCUAACAUAGAGCCAUAAUGGUUCCAUCAUACAGCCAUAAUGGUUCCAUCAUAGAGCCAUAAUGGAAGAGUCAAAGGAAGCACAGAGUGAGAUUAAUUCCCCAUCUUAUUUCAUGAAACAAUUACGAUUUUAUUUGUCAGGGGUCUUUACUGUAAAAACACAAACUCGGAUUAAGUUAAUUCGACUCCAAAUGGGUGAAUGUCACUGGAUAAGAUAUUAAAAAAUAAAUCACUCAAAAGCGUGUUUAAGUGAAGAAAACUAAAAUGAACAUAUUUGAGAUAUUAUCAGUGUGGAUGUGGAAUCUUUGUAACCAGUAUCCCUUGCUGAUGUAACCCAUGUGAGAGCUGUGUGACUAAAGAGUUUGAUAGAUGAGGGGGAACUGAAGGGGAACUGUGUGGUAAUGUAGAUUUGAUUCAUUCUCCAUCAAAAUAUAUUAAAGGGCAAUUCAUUUUGUGGAAAUCCCUGAAAAUAGUAUUUCAUAAAUUGGACAUUUAGACGGAGGUUCUCCACCUGUGGUACAGUAAACCCCUGAAUGGAAAUCCGUUUCCCAAUCCACUUUCACACUCUUUAUCUACUUCCUCUUUUUCCUCACAAUCUAUGAAUUCUUAGCCACAUGUAUAGUUAUCAAAUGUACUAUAUACAGCUAUUAGCUACACAUCUAAGAACCCCCUUCACACAGAGUUCCCUAAUGCAGACUACACGACUCAAGUGUUGGUAGAUACUAGGUAGGCACAUGAUUCUCACUUCAACCCACCCAUUUCCAGUUCCUUUUAGUCUCUUUGUAUUGCUUAGUCUCAGUGUUCUACUUCCUGGUUUGCUAUCCUAACCUCAAUUCACACAAAUGUUCUGUAAAGUCUGGGUGUAAACCUGUCGUGUUAUAUGGCACAGCUAGGCAACUACAUACCUCAUCACCAUAUUGUUUUUAUUAACUUUUUUGGUUGCUCUUUUGCACACCACUAUUUCUACAUGGACAUCCUCAUCUGCACAUCUUUCUCUCCAGUGUUAAUUUGCUAAAUUGUAAUUACUUCGCUACUAUUGGCCUUUUUAUUGCCUUACCUCCUUACUCCAUUUGCACACACUGUAUAUAGACUUUUUAAAAUUGUGUUAUUGACUGUAUGUUUGUUUUACUCCAUGUGUAACUCUGUGUUGUUGUUUGUGUCGCACUGCUUUGCUUUAUCUUGGCCAGGUCGCAGUUGUAAAUGAGAACUUGUUCUCAACUGGCCUAGCUGGUUAAUGUAGCCUAUGGAUGUAGCUCACAGUAAGAACCAAGUCAUGGGUGGGAUAUUGGGAUGAUGUAUUCACGCUGCAGUACUGUAUAGCAGAGCAGAGGUCAAUAGAGGUUUUGUAUGUGCUGACAAAGCACAUUUCCCUCAGGAAAGAACUGACCUUCAUUCAUAUUUUCAUUAUAAGGAAGGACAGAUCAUGCAGAAAUUAAAAAGAAAAAGCACAUGCUUCCUGAAUCCUACUCUAGUGAAAUGUAUUUAGUGGAUUUAAGUGUGCACACAUAUUUUAUACUGAACCACGUGGAACCCUAACCACACAUAACAAUGCUCUCCUGUCCAUCUUAGACCAAAGUGGGAAUGAGUUCCCCCAUACCACUGCUGAUGUCACGGGACUUGUGACCAGGUCAUUAGCUGAUUUCUGGAUUGCAUCACCACUACAUUGGUAGUGACAUCAGUCACCAUUCCACAGAAGUCCCGAAAACAGGACCUUCCAUUCAGCAGUCUAGUGCUUUACCUUAACUGACUAUACAUUCUCAAACUCUGAUCAUCAAAAAAAAAUGAGACUGAUAGGUGAUCAGUUCCUCUUCCUUGUCAGGAUUCACUUCUGUUCCACUGAUCUAUAAAUACUGUCUGGGUCCACCUGACAAUACUACAGCCAGGAGAAACUCUCUGCUCACAUCUCAUUAUCAAGAUGAACAUGUUACUACACCAUGUCCUGUGUCUCAUCCUUCACGUGGUGUCAAGCAGCCAGUAUGGGACAGAGACCAUCGAGACUCUCAUGCCAAAUGUGAAGGUGGUGAAGGUGGAUCUGAGGAUCUUCACUGAGACGCAGGUCCCUCUGCUCUGUGGGGACUCCUAUCAGGACACAGAGGUGAUCUGGCUGAAGGACAGUGUGCGUGAAGGACAAGGGAACCAGAUCCAGGUGAAAGUGGAGGAGAUGAUGGGAGCGAACUACAGCUGCCACAACGCUGCUGGAGACUACCUCAACCACACUCUGGUGCUGGUGCAGGACAUACCAUCGCCCAACAGAAUGAGACGCGUCCUGGAGAAGUCACGUGAUGCAGAUGAGGAUGAGUACAUAAGAUGUUUGGCAAAAAAUUACAAUGGAACAUUUCAUUGCUUUUGGAAGAAGACCACCUAUCGGACGUCAGCUGUUGUUGCUCUGGUCCAAGUAGGACAGUUCUCUGGCAGAAACUUCUCCUGCUCCGUUCACAGUGAUGGUGCAGGUUUGACCUGUGAGGACCUGGACAGCUGUUCCUUUGCUGAGGAGGUGUCCCGUAUCGACCUGACCGUCUACUUCAGGAGCAACUACCUCCUAGAGGACUACACCGUUACACCAUUCUACAUACGAGAAAUAGUGGAGACAGACAAGAUCCACAUCACCAAGGUGGAGGAGAACACCUUUCAGUGGGGGUACCCUGCCACGUGGAGCCUCCCAUGCUCUUACUACCCCCUCACAUUCCAGGUCAAAGUGGUCCACGCCAGGGAAGGCUGUGACUCUGAAAAACAGGUCCUUCUAAAGGAAACCAAAGAAACGAAGUUUACCGUCGUUCACAGCUCCAAGAGGUAUCGUUUCUGCCUGCGGGCGAAGGAUGAACUGGUUGACCGUCCCUGGGGUCAGUGGACCGAUUACGAGGUAAAGCAUCAACAUAAGAAACAUUGACAGUAAAAAGGAAAACCCACCCAGAUGAGACAACAUACCAUCACUCAGCUUCAACCAUCACAUCCAAAUGUCUCGUCACUGAGCAGAUGUUUUGUUUUACAUUAUACCGAAGAGAAUAAAAUGCAAUGUAGUAUAUUAUGAUUGUUGUAAUUCGAAUGUAAGGAAAGUUAUUUAUUAAUUUAAUAGUUCUCAAAUGUAACCAUGAUUUAUGUUAUUUAUCUUGUAUGUUUCAUUACUGUAGCAUGAAGAUUUGUCUAAAUAAUGAAAUAGAUAAAAAUAAAAGCCCUGAACUCA